CAUCAAUUGAUCUUGCAAAGCAUCAUUUACUGUCUUAUAUAUCUUCUUUAUCAUUCGAAAGUUUUAAUUUCAUACAAACUGAAAAUGGCAAAGAAUGUGAGUUUGGCUUCAGUUGACCAAAAACUAGCCAUGGCUAAGCGUUGUUCUCAUGAAGGAGUAGUUGCAGGAGCAAAAGCAGCAGUAGUUGCAACAGUUGCAACUGCCAUUCCAACUUUGGCCUGUGGGAAAAUGCUACCUUGGGCAAGAGCUAAUCUAAAUCCAACUGCUAAAGCACUCAUUAUCUCUACAGCGGCUGGAAUGGCAUAUUUUAUUGUAGCAGACAAGACUAUUCUUGCUACUGCUAGGCAAAACUCCUUCAAACAGGGCAACAAUUGAAUCACUAAUUUAACUUUUUAAGUAUUAAUUUUAGCACUAAGUCUUAUUUCAUAUCAACAUUACUGUAAUUCCUGUUUAAGUACAAUUAUGCGCGCGAUUGAUGAGAGAGGUCGGCUUUAUUAGUUGACGAGACGUCUCUUUGUCCAAUCAUUAGGUAAGAAGUUCGAGUCACGUGAAAUAAUAGAGUGAAUCAAAAUGUGAUUUUAUGUAUGUAAUAGCACCAUCUACAUCUUUUGCUAUGAAUAUAAUAAAAUUGGUUUUUCUUAAG